CGGUGAGCCUUGGUUCCCCCUCCCUUUCCUCUAUAAAAGCUCAGAGCAGCGAGCAACUAGGGCAGUAAACAAGUUAGUAGCACACGGUAAAUACGAUGGCUUCCGAAUUGAAAAUGAAUAUUUCUUCUUUGAAGGGUGGGCACCUGCCAGCAGUUAAGGCUGGAGGAAUGAGGGUUUCCAAAAAGCAAGGAAAUGAUGAAAAUGUCACACCUGAAAAACAUGCAAAGAAGAUCUCUGAAAAACAAAGCUCUAGCAUGAAUAUGACACGGAUGCAGGCAAUGAAUAUCUUGGCUGGUGCACUUGAGAAGCUCAGCCAUGAGUUUCCAGCAGAAGCAGCACAGAUGGCUCACCAAAAGCCAAGACCAACUCUGGAGAAGACUGUCCUACCAAAGAGACUGUACAUUAUUCAGCAGCCACGUCGUUGUUAGAUAUUCGGUGUCUGCUCCAUGAGUAAAUGGACCAACUUCUCCUGUAUAAAGAAAAGUAUAGUUUUGUAUGCCACUAAUAAAGCACUUAAACUACA